AUGUUGAACAUUACUAGAGUUGGGACGCGACUGGCCAGGUCAGCACGUUCAUUCACAUCGACCGUGCCCCGUCGCGCCGAGAUAGAAGUCUUUGUUGAUGGACGCAGUGUCAAGAUUGAAUCUGGGUCGGCAUUGAUUCAAGCGUGUGAAAAGGCGGGAGUUGACAUUCCUCGAUUCUGUUACCAUGAACGACUAUCUGUAGCUGGAAACUGUCGUAUGUGUCUGGUAGAAGUUGAAAAGUCACCUAAACCUGUCGCAUCUUGUGCUAUGCCUGCAAUGCCCGGAAUGAAGGUCAAGACCAAUACCCCAAUGGUCAAGAAGGCAAGAGAAGGUGUCAUGGAAUUUUUAUUGGCAAACCAUCCUUUGGAUUGUCCUGUCUGUGACCAAGGUGGUGAAUGCGACUUGCAAGAUCAAUCGGUACGAUACGGAUCCGACAGAUCCAGAUUCGUCGAACCUCUCGGUAAACGAGCUGUCGAAGAUAAAGACUUGGGUCCACUCGUUAAAACGAUCAUGACAAGGUGCAUUCAUUGUACCCGUUGUGUCCGAUUCUCAAAUGAAGUAGCUGGUGCUACCGAAAUGGGAUCAAGCGGUCGUGGUAAUGACAUCCAAAUUGGUACCUAUAUCGAAAAGACGCUAAACACUGAAAUGUCGGGAAACAUUGUGGACUUGUGUCCUGUCGGUGCAUUGACUUCCAAACCUUAUGCGUUUACUUCUCGACCGUGGGAAUUGAAAAAGACAGAAUCCAUUGAUGUAUUAGAUGCCGUUGGAAGUAACAUUCGUGUAGAUUCACGAGGUGUAGAAGUCAUGAGAGUACUACCUCGUUUGAAUGAUAGCAUUAACGAAGAAUGGAUUGCUGACAAGACACGAUUUGCAUAUGAUGGAUUGAAACGACAACGAUUGACUACACCACUUGUACGUAAAGGUGACGAGUUUGUACCCGUCAGCUGGCCUGAAGCCAUGACCAAGAUAUCCGAAGCCAUGAGUAAAGUAGAAGGUAGCGAAAUGAUGGGUGUAGCAGGUCAAUUAGCCGAUGCUGAAUCAAUGGUCGCCUUAAAGGACUUGUUGAACAAACUAGGUUGUGAAAAUCUACGAUUGGACGCUACCAAUUUUGAAAAGUUGCCUACAGGAUUUACAGAUUUACGAUCUAGCUAUCUCUUCAACACCACCAUUGAAAAAGUCGACGAAAUCGAUGCUCUAUUAUUAGUAGGCACCAACCCACGACACGAAGCUCCCAUCGUAAACGCCCGUAUUCGUAAAGCGUGGUUAAAUAAUGAACUUGAAGUAGGUAUUGUAGGUGCUGCUCCCAAACUCAAUUAUGAAUUCGAUCAUGUGUCUGAAGAUCCAUCUGGAUUGGAGGCCUUGAUAAAUGGUAAUCACGCAUUCUUUGAGAAAUUAUCAAAGGCAAAGAAACCAAUGAUUAUGGUCGGAUCUGCUAUAUUGGAACGUGAAGACGCUGCUUCUAUACUGGCUCAAGUAGCUUUGCUGACUCAAAAGCUGAAGGCAAACAUGUUGACCAAGGAAUGGAAUGGUUUGGCCUUCCUUCAACGAGCUGCAAGUUACACUGCUGCGUUGGAUAUUGGCUUCCAACCAUCUGGAAGCGUAUCGUCUUCACCUAAAUUCAUCUAUCUCUUGAAUGCUGACGAGAUUGUUGCCUCUGAUAUCCCCAAGGACGCAUUUGUAGUAUACCAGGGCCACCACGGUGACAAUGGAGCAUACUAUGCAGAUGUCAUCUUACCAGGAUCAGCGUAUACCGAAAAGAGCACGACCUUUGUAAACACUGAAGGUCGAACUCAAACUACUAGAGCAGCUGUACCACCACCAUCAGGUGCUCGUGAUGAUUGGAAGAUUGUCAGAGCCCUAUCUGAAGUUGUAGGCGUACCAUUACCAUAUGAUAGUAUAUCAGAAGUUAGAGAUAGAAUGGGUGAUGUUGCUCCUGGACUGGUGACUUAUGAUGUGACUCAAUCCUCUGUCUUUACUGCUCUUGCCCUCAAACAAAUGUUGGCUGCUGCAAAAUCUAGUCCAAGUAAUGGUAUGACUGCUCCAGCUUUGGAAUUGCCAAUCAAGGACUACUAUUUGACGGAUCCUAUCUCGAGAGCUUCAGUUACCAUGGCUAAAUGCUCGCAGGCAUUCACCCAUCAAAACUAUAAACCAAAAUAUAGUUCUCAAUGGGCCAUAGCUGUGUAA